CAACGCAACUCCCCCAUCAUCUUCGGCCUGCUCCGGGAGUCCAUCUCAUGCCUUCACCGCGCCGAGGCCCGCAUCCGCGCAGCUCCCCACAAGGGUACCGACCCAGAUCUGUUUAUGAUUAAAAACUUGCUUAUCCUCAAGAACGAGCUUGUGACACUCGAGAUUGGCGACAUCAGAAACGUGCAUAUUGGUACGCAGUCGGUCUCGGGGAGGAUCAGGGAGAUGCAGCAUUUUGGGCAGAUUUGGGACGGAAUAUUGAAGCCGGUAGGGGGGAAUCUAAUCAGGGGGGUUUGGGAACGGGUGGGCAGUUUGGGGGGGACGAUUGGGGGGUAUAUUCCGGGAAGUUCACUGCUGGGUUUGGGAGGAGUAGGAGGAGGAGGAGGCAGAGGGAAUGGGGUCAAGGAGGGAGGAGGGGGUAAAGAAGGGGAGGUGGAUGUUCAUGAGCAGUUGGAUGAUGAGCUGAGGAGGAGCAUUGUUGCUUUUACGAAGAGGUGGGCGGGGGUGUUUGUUGAUUUGAAGGUUGGUGGGGGAGGGAAUAAGAAUAUGGGGGGGAGGAAUGUGGCCAAGGUGGAGAGGGAGAUGGAUGAGAUUCUGGAGAGGGCGUUUUCGGGGCAGGGGGAGGUGGUGCAGAAGUUGAGGGAGGCGGUUAGGAUACAGGUUGAGGUUGGGGUGGAGGAGGUGGGGAGGGGGAGGGAGAGGGAGAGGGGGGGGAAGAAGUAG